GGUGAAGGUGUGCAGUAUGGCUGCCAAUAACACUAUGACAUCUUUGCUCAAGUUGAGAAACAUUCAAACGUUGCCCACAAUUCCAGUUUGCAACUCUGUAUUAGUAGACAGUCAAUAGCAUCCGAUCUUGAAAUAUGUCUUGCGGUUAUUACACAAACACCUUCACGAGAACUCGACAUUUCUUCAAAUUAUACGGGUUAAGACCCAAACAUGAUAGAUGUUGCCCAAUGCACCGUAGUCAAAUCAUGUAUCUUCCAAGGUGUAUUCAAGUGUGCCAGUAUCAUUCAAGUCAGUUGAUGAGGCAUUCACAGAAAACCGUAUCGACCAAUAGUUUCAAAUGUAAAGUAGAGACAGGCCCAGGAUUGAAAGAGUUUGUGACAAAUGGACGAUUAAGCCCUCCUUUGCAGAAUGAUUGUGGCGAGAGGAUUCCGUAUGUUGACGAUGCAAAUUACUGUGGACAAAACAGAAAAGUUUAUUUUGAAACCUAUGGAUGUCAGAUGAAUGUAAGUGACACGGAAGUUGCCUGGUCAAUCCUGCAAAAGAGUGAUUUCUCAAGAGCCAACAAUGUGAAAGAGGCCGAUGUGGUGUUGGUGAUGACGUGUGCUAUCAGGGAGGGUGCAGAGGAAAAGAUCUGGAACAGAUUGGAGUAUCUAAAGUCAUUAAAGACAAGGCGGGGCAAGAAAGCAACACCCAUGAAAAUAGGAGUAUUAGGUUGUAUGGCUGAGCGGUUGAAGUCCAAGAUUGUAGACAGAGAGAAGAUGGUGGACUUGGUAUGUGGACCUGAUGCCUACCGAGACUUGCCGCGCAUGUUGGCCGUCACACAGAGCAACCAGGCGACAGUGAAUGUUCUACUGUCUCUUGAAGAAACGUAUGCAGAUGUUGUUCCUGUGAGACUCAACCAAGAUUCUAAAUCAGCAUUUGUGUCGAUCAUGCGUGGUUGUGACAACAUGUGUACGUACUGCAUUGUGCCGUUCACUCGCGGGAGGGAGCGGAGCAGACCCACCUCCUCCAUACUGGAUGAGGUGAAGGGACUCUCAGAGCAGGGAGUAAGGGAGAUAGCUCUGCUGGGACAAAACGUCAACAGUUACCGUGAUACCUCAGAGCAGACUCACAAAGUCAGCAGCAACCAGCUGAGUGCAGGGUUCAGAACGGUAUACAAACCACGGGAGGGAGGGCUGAGAUUCGCUGACCUGUUGGAGAAAGUGGCAUCUGUUGACCCCGAGAUGAGAAUCCGGUUUACAUCACCUCAUCCUAAAGACUUUCCUGACGAAGUGCUGCAUCUGAUUCAAGCGACGCCCAACAUUUGUACACAGAUCCAUCUGCCGGCCCAAAGUGGCAACAAUGAGGUGCUGGCUGCCAUGAGAAGAGGCUACACCAGGGAGGCCUACCUUGACCUGGUCAACCACAUCAGGUCCAUCCUGCCUGGGGUGGCCUUGACGAGUGACUUCAUCGCGGGUUUCUGUGGGGAGACUGAGACAGCUCAUCACGACACCCUGGACCUCAUCAGACGAGUCCAGUACAACUUCGCCUACUGCUUCCCCUACAGCAUGAGACAGAAAACUCGAGCCUACCACCGACUAACAGAUGAUGUUCCUGUUGAUGUCAAGUCACGGCGCCACAUGGAGCUUAUAGGAGCCUUCCGCCAGGGAGCCCAGCAGCUCCACACAGCUCAGAUAGGUUCUCAACAGCUCGUCCUAGUUGAAGGUGACAGUAAGAAAAGUGAACACGAUUUAGCAGGGCGAAAUGAUGGCAACACUAAAGUCAUUUUUCCCAAAGUAGAUGUGCCUUCUUGUGCUGGGUCCCAACAGCAGCGAGUUGUCUCCCCUGGGGACUAUGUGGUGGUGCAGGUGACGUCGUGUUCCUCCCAGGUGCUGAAAGGGGUUCCUCUGUACCACUCCUCCCUGCAGAGCUUCCACCAGCAGAACACAGCAGCCAGAGCACAUGCCUCCAGAACAUAAAGACCUUGUGUGUGUGUGGAUAAUGUAUAGUCAUUAAAAGAAUGUGUGUGUUGUUUGCAA